ACAAGAAAAAUCUCAAAUAAACAAUCUAACCUUACACCUAAAGGAACUAGAGAAAGAAGAACAAACAAAACUCGAAGUUAGCAGAAGGAAAGAAACCAUACAGAUUUUCGCCUCAAAAGGGAUGUUUUCCUGGCUGCAUGAUAAUGGGUUUUAAGCUUUUUCUCACUUAUUUAUAAUAGCUCUCUAAUUUUUAAGGAUAGUGGAUAAAGAAUGUCACCUGCCAUCCCAGUAAACAAUGAAUGUUGUCUGCCAUCAAGCCAUCUGCCACGGUGCACCCUGAGGGAACUCAGGGUGGGGAAAACCAGGGUACUGGCCCUAGCAAAAACUCCUGUAUAUCCUGGCUCUUCCCUGACCACUUUGGAGCAGGUCCUCAGACCCAUGUGAGAAGCUGCCUCCCAGGCUAUAGUCCUCAGUUGAAGAUGGAAGAACCACAAGAGAUUUUCUCCAUAAAUGAUGGCCACGCAGGUGAUAUAGUCGUGGAAAAAUACCUGGUGGAUUCCAAGAAGUCCGCAUCCCACGUUCAGUGGGCAGGGCAGUCCUGUGCUUUCCCCUUAGAUAGAAACGAACUUUGUGUAUGGGACACCAAGGAACCUCCUCACCAGGUUUGGGACCAUCGCAUGGGAUCAUUAACAUACAGCUCAUCAGUGUUAACAGUUUCUACUUCCUGGUGAAGAACUUACUUUGGAAUAGUUCACAUGUGACUAAAAGAAAUACCAUCAGUAAAAGUGCUGGCUCCCAGUUUAAACUCUGUCAGACACCUUUAAAGCUAAGAACGCACGUGCCCCCUCCAAUAGCCUCUCCCCUCCUGAGCCUCCUUGUGGACCGGCGAAGGCUGUAGCUGGUCACCGGCUGUGUGGAUGGCCAGGUGAGGACCACAGGCUAACUCCAGUCUUCAGACGUUGUUAUGACUAAGUGAACACGUGCACGAAGGUCUCUGUUUCCCUGUUGCUUUGUAUCCUUUGCUGAGGCCGUACCUCCAGCGCCUGGUGGGGUUUUCAUACCCGCGGGGCCUCGCCUGCAGAGAGGCUCGGUCCUCUGUAAAAUCUCGUACAACCACUAGUGUCAGAUUUAUAUAUUUUGAGAAAUUUGAAGAUAUUUGAUAUUUUUAAAAACUUAGUUUUGUUGACUUAAAAAAUUAUGCACAACGUGAGAGCUGUGAGUUAAGUUUUAUUUGGGGCAAAAUGAGGACUGCGGCCCGGGACGUGGCAUUUCAGGUAACUCUGAGAACUGCUCCGACCAGGCGAGGGGCUGGGAGGCUGAGGGCCAGGGUAUGUAGGAGUUUGGCAGCAAAGGGCAGCUAGUCGGAACAUCAAAGGAUUAUCGUUAAAUAAAGAAAUCCAGGCAUCUCAAGGAAUUCGGCGCUUUUCUAUGUAUGGGAAGACGCAAGAGUCUGGCCUCAGUGAAGUCAUUCCUUUGACGUGCACCUCAGCUACCUGGGGCCAGUAUUUUUGGGCUGAGUUGCCUCAGGGCUCGCCGCGGGGAGUGGCUGCAGCCUGAUGGCUGCUAGACGGCAGCUUUCUUUUCAGCCCUGAGCUUCCUCGGCUCAAGUUGCAGGCAGGGCUGCAAUCUUUGGUGACUGUGACAUCCUUUGUUUAUUGAUAUGGCAGGAAAUACUCCAUUUAUAAAUAUUCCAUUUACCAGAUUUUAGGUGAGCAAUUGAGGUUUACUUCACAAAGCAUGGAUACUGUUCUCUUUUAAAAACAGUGGCUGUUGAUGUAACUUGGGAAGGACCUCGCGUGAGGAGGUAACCCAGGUCUUCCUCCUGUGCGUCUCCUUGGCUUUCACAUCGCACUCUUCUGAUGCUUCUGUCCCCAGACGGGGGGAGGGGGUCCCCCAGGAAGCCGGUCAGCAUGACACCAGCGGGGGUCCCACAGUUAACCCAGUUCUGACACUGUCUACCUGGAGGUGGUUAAGGGCUCAGUCCCACGAGACUGCCCCUCACUUCAGAUGCCAGUCGCAGGUAGCGGGUCCCCAGGUCACCCACAACUUCGCCUGACUCGGCUGCAAAUCAGAGGUUCCCACGGCCCCUUCCUCUGCUUGAUUAAUACAGGCGAGCAGCCAGAGGAAGAGCUACCAGGGCAAGGUUUGGGGGCGUCCUCAGCACAGGAGCUUCUGUUCGCAUGGACGUGGGGGGCAUCGCACCCCAGGGAGGAUGUUGUCACCCACCUGGAUCUCCCUGAACCUGCACUUCUGGGGUUUUCAUGGAGGCUCAUUGCUUAGGCAGGAUUGAUUCGAUCCUUGGCGGUGGGUGAUAGAAGUCCGUCUCCAGCCCCUGCACCCCUCCCCCGAGGUCAGCGGUGGUUCCCCUGGCAACCAGUCUCCAUCCUUAGGUGACCUGAGGGCUUUCCAGAAGUCACCUCAUUAACAUAACAAGUGACACCGUGGUCACUCUCAUCAGGAGAUUCCAAGGGUUUUAGGAGCUCCGUGUGGGCUGUGUCCACCGUGCUGUGUUUGGAGAGACCAGGCGUGCGGUGCUGGGGACGGGAGCACACCGUGCUUGGUCCAGUGUUUUGCAGAAGACGAGUGACCGCUGGGUUGUGUCUGCACCUCAAGUCGGCACUGCCCCCCGAUGUGCCGUUAGGAGGACGCCCCCGGGUGGGGGCAUGAGGGAGGGAAGGAUUGGAGGCCAGAGGAGAGCAGCCAGGGCACUGCCUCUCACCCUGUCAGCUCCCUGCUCACUCUUCUCCUUGGCUUCCUGCUUUGCAUCCGACCACCUGGUGAGAGUCCUGUGUCUACACGUGGUCUUGCGUGUCUAGAUGUGUUUUGCUUUUCCAGCUUCGGACCUUCGGUUUGGUGGAAGGACACCAUUAUCACUGUGUGACACACGUUGACCUGAGGAAAGAGAGAGUUUCCGCACCAGUGGGGUGGAGUCCAAGCCAUGCACCUGGCCAGGUGAUGCCCUGCAGACCCGCCCACGGGGCUCAGGCCCACAGUGACCCCCUCCCUAGCAGGGGGUGGAGGGAGAGGGAGGAGAAGCCAGGGUCCCGGACGAGGCAGGUCCUGUGGGAGCGGCGGGGUGGGGCGGGUGGAGACCUGUCUUAGUGGACAGCGGGCUGCGGCUCUCCAGCCCAUUGGCAGUGUCACAGCGGGGGCUGCCCAGGGGUCCGCGGCUUUUCCACUGAGCCCGCUCGUCACCCCUCCCUCCCCACGCCUGUCCCCGUCGCCAGGUGCCGAGUGUCUGCCGCUCUGCCCCCGGAGGAGCUGGGGAAGCUACUGCUUUUUACCGUUUAAUCCCGCAAUGGAGUCUCUUUCCUAGGCACCUGCGUCCUUCAUUUUCUUGUUACAGCAGGUGUGUCUCUGCUCUGCUCGCCUUCAGACUUAUCGUGGUUGGUGUUCUUUCAGUUUGUGGUAUAUGUGUGUAUAUAUAUAGGUAAAUGGCUGUAAGCGGUUUCUUUUUAAAGCAGGUCAGAAAUUGCCUUUAUCCGUUAGAUCUACUUUUUCCUAAUGUGUUUGCCUUGGCUUUCAUUAUUUCUUGUGUAAAUACUCAUUUAUUAUGAAGUAAUAAGCCCACUUUAGGAAUUCACAGUUAUCUCUAAGUAGACCAUUUCCUCCUCACCCCCUUUCUGUGGAUCUAUCCUUGAGACUCCAUCUCUCUCCCACAGGCCUCAUGAUAUAGGGUCUAAUGUUUAUUUCUAACCUUGUGCUUUAUAAUGUAUAAGCCUAAGGAUUUUUCUUGUUUCGUGAUCUGAGCUUUCCAGCAACAUGUAUUUCCUACAACAUCCCACUGGGUCAGCUGUUAGCCUUGACCUUGACUAAUCAUUUUAACGUCACCUCUCAGAUUGUCAGUAAUUCUGUCCCUAGAAGACAGUCAGCCUCCCUCCACAAAGGCACCGGACACAGGAGAAGAGAUUGAAGUGACACUUCCUGUCCUGAGCCUGGCGCCCUGUGACUGUGGUUUGUAAGUACCAUGGACUCCGCCACGGCCGUAUGGAGAAAGCCUCCUUCCUAAAUUAGGUUCAUUGUUUUUCUAGAAUGAUUAAAAUAAACCGAAUUAUCUUUGUCUGACAUAACCGUAAGUGUAAGUGUUCUUAGGACUGCAUAUUUUAUGUCUUAAGGUUGAUAAUCUCGGCCAGUUAUUUUAAAGUCUAUUUUAUUAAAAAAGCGAGAUUAAUUUUCUUCACCCAAAUCUAGGCAGAUCUUGACUUCUGCAGUAGGGCAAAGGGUGAUGUCGUGACCUCAUUCCCCUUGGCUCCACACAGAGUUUGGAGAGCUCUGGAGAUGACUAAAGAGCAGCCUCUGGCCCUGCUGGUGUGGGAGACCUGAGGAGGCUGCUGGUGCGGCUGCAGCCCUUCUGUGCUUGCGCAGCAGACAGUCGUGUCUCUGCACAGGUGCCCCUGCCUGGUCCGGAACAGCGCCCGGCCCGAACUUGAGCUGACUAGUGAGUCUGAGGCCUUGGGUCCCCACCGUCCCUCAGGGAGCAGUGAUCCCACUUCUGCUCAGACUCGCUUGGUCUCCCUGGGGCUGGUGUUGGAGGCUGAGGACCCGAGAACAGCCUGGGCAGUGGCUGAGGCUGCUGUUUGGCUUCAUGCCAAGGCGCAUGUGGGACAGAGGUGUCUGUGGAGGCCGUUCUGAGUCCAGGUCUGAUGAAACCAGAGGCGGCUGAUCAAUCAGAUUACAGCCUGCGUCUAGUUUGUAAACGGAAAAACAAAGAAGAAAUGGCAGAUCUGUGUGUGCCUUGAUGUGCACGCUGCUGUCGGUCAGUCUCCAGCCUGUCAGCACCGCCCGGCAGGGUCUUCUGUGCAGCCGUCACGCAGGCAUGGAGCCCGCCUGCGGGGAAGCCCACCUGUGUGGGGUCUCGCGGGGGCCGAUGUGCUGACCUCCUGUGACGUCAGGGGGGAGAAAAACCUCCGUCCAGAGUUGAGUUGGGCCCAGCUUGUGGCCCUUUGAGCUCCCUGUCUUCCCUAGACAGUGGGUGUCUAGGAAACCCAGACCCUGGGAUGUGCUGAGAGGUUAUAAGUGAUCGGACUGGCCCCUGGGACACAGGCAGAGGGACCCUCAGGUCGCCAAGGUUGUGCAUCAUCUGUUCCUCUCACGUGGGUCCAGCGCAAUUCUCGGUGCCCUGGAGCUGGGAAGAUCAGGACACUUUUUUCUCUUUUUCUUUUAAAAUUAGUCUUUCUUCUGAGAAUGCCAGCUGCUUGCAGACUGGAAGCUCAGCGGGUUUAUUCAUAUUUAAGUUGGCAGACUUUGAACUGGAGGCCAUUUUACGUUGCAAGGGUAAGACCUACGUUCAAAGGAUCUUUGGUGUGAACUUUGUGUAACUUUAAAAGUUUGCUUUGCCUGCCACGUGUGGAGGUCAGAGGUGAGGAGGACAAGAUGUGCUGGUCCCCAGCGCCAGCUGCUCUCACCAGGCUGGCGGGUUACCGCCACGCCGCCCUGGCCUCUCCUGGCGUCCCCAGUCCCGCUGGCAGCCCGGCGCCCUCCCUCUUUGUCCUGGGGCUCGGCCAGGCCGCGUCAGGGACCCUGAAGUCGGCUCUGCCCGUGUUCUUGCCGCAGUCUUGGUGUGGUGCCUGGUCACCCUCACACCUGUCAGGCUGAGCGACGUCUCCUCGCCCCUCCUGGUGUCCGCUGAGCUGCGGGGAUGACCGACUCCUGCCCGCCCCCCCCGGCCCCCCGUGGGCCCUACAGCCGAGGCCACUUCUGAGCCGACUGCCUGCGCCCUGCGCCCUGAGGGAUCCCUGCCGGCCUGGGGUGGGGCCCAGGCCACACCUCACCUCCUCGUGGGACGUCACCCCUCCCUUGUCAUCUGUCCGCUCAUGUGACAGUCCCUGAACUCUCCAAGCCUCCACUGGCCUCAGUGCCCACGCCUGCCCCCCAUCCCGCUGGUCUAUCCUUUAAGACCCAACUGGAUGUCCCCUAGACCCGGCUCUGUGUUCUCACAGGGACGCUGCGCUUCCCAGCACUUUCACAGCCGUGUUGUGUGUUUAGUCCGCGGGCUUGGGCCGGGUCAGCUCUCCGUGGGCCGGGCCUUGAGCUGCGGGCCCCAGUGGCAGGGCCUGUCUGCUCCCUCCUAAUGUCCUGGUGUCCUGAUGUCGAGCCCCCGGCCCCAGCCUGUGUGCAGCAGGCACUCAGGGAGACCGCAGGGAGCACCCCUGCCAUAUUGCCUGUUUGUUCCUCCUUGCUGGAAAUUAAGAUUUCAGGAGCCUCCGCAUUCACGUUGCUGGCUCGUGUGCUGUGAUGAGCAAAACCAGUGGUCGUGAGGUGAGUCGUAGGCCAUUCACUAUGCGUAGAGUUUGCACAGUGCGCCUGUCUGUACUGUGCUUUAUCCUUCUUUUCUCCCAACGGCGCUGUAGUGGCUGCUUACUGAGACUGUGGGUGUGAGAGUUCAGGGGAUCACACGGGGCUCUGCAAGCCGUGUGACCAUCAGCACAGCUAAAGCUGUGUCCACAGUUCGAGUUCAUCAUUAAUUCUCUCACGACCGGUCCGUGCAGGCCUUCUGCUUGCUCACAACCAUGUUCGAAAAUCAGAUGGCCCUGGUGGAGGUCGACCCCACCACCCCGGUGAGGUCUCAGCAGCGCCCUGGUGUGGAAAGGGAUCUGUCAGUGCCGCCCCGGUACAGUCUUUCAGGAAGGUUGUGUACGUGUGGGUUUAUCACUCGGGAGAAUUUAGAUUCCUUUUUAUCUUAAGAAAUAGAAGUAAAGUUUAGUAAACUCCCAGCUAUACCAGCAAUAAAGAAAUUAUUGCUCACACCAUGGCUCCUAUCUUGUUUAAAACUAAAUGGCUUGUGGUUUAUUUUCAUGUGAAACAUUAUUUUAUUUCAGGAUAGAAGGUAGACUUUACAACAGGACUUUUAUUAAAAAUAGGAAUUCAUUUUUUUAGCAGGAUAAGAAUAAGCUUGACGGUUUUCCUCACUUCCAAAUGCUGCACAUCUGUAUCUGCAUGAAUUAAUCGUCCAAAACUGCCUUUAAGUUGCACGUCUCCUUGAAAUAACUCCGUCAUAUAAGUUUGCUCUCAUAGACCAGUUUUGUGUUUUUAUUUUAGCUCCUGUGUCUUAUUGACUCCUCCGCUGUAUUUUGGACUCGUUAAGGGAAAAAGUACUAAGCCGGCUACUCACAAACAAUCUGGUUAGCGUAAUGUAGUCUGAAAUACAAAAUGCAGAGGGGUUCCUUGUCUGAGUUACCUUUGUUUAGCUUCGCUCUGUCGUUUUGUGAAUUUACGUUCGUCGAAGUGCAAAUUCAGUGUUUUCUUCUUCCUUCACUCCCUCCUUUCUGUGCCUCUCGCGUGUUUUCACACGGUGUUUGUGGUGGGGAAUGUGCUGACCUUUCUUCUCCUGAGUUGGGUAUAAUUCAUAGGAAUUCAAAACGUGAAAAAUACUGGUGGUGGUUCCUUAGUGGCCAGCACAGAGUAGACUUAUUGUGAGAAAAGUUUGUUCUUGUUUCCCUUUGCUGAAGAGUUUCACAUUUUAUUUAUUUUAUUUUAUUUUUAUUAUUAUUUUUUUUGCGGUACGUGGGCCUCUCACUGUUGUGGCCUCUCCU